CCCCUUCACUUAGGCCCGCCGUGACUCCGGCACGGGGCGCCGCGGGGAGGACCGCGAGAGGCUGCGCACUUGGGAGAUACACGUUCGGGGGAAUUUACGCGUAUCGAGAAGCUGGCAGCGGUGAUUUGGACAUGGAAAACGCCGGACUUUGGAUGUUUUGGAUAACCAAUUGUCUCAUUCAAGGAAUGAAUAGCCAAUCUGUGGAAAUGGAUGCUGGGAAGUCAGGCUACGUUGGCUCCAAAGUGGAUCUCCGCUGUCAGUUCAUUAACAGCGUCCCACCUGUAAAAAUCUCUCAGGUAACAUGGCAGAAACUGGUUAACGGCAGUAAGCAGAACGUGGCCAUCGCCAACCCUUCCCUGGGCGUGUCGGUCGCGCCGCCAUACAAGGAGCGCGUCAUCUUCAAGAAUGCUGCGGUGCGGCGUCGAACUCCAUCGUUGGAAGACACAACCAUCACAUUCUCCUCUCUCCGCCUCUCUGACGAAGCCACCUAUAUUUGUGAAUACACAACGUUUCCGGCGGGGAACCGAGAGAGCACCGUCAAUCUCACCGUCUAUGCUCGCCCUACAACUCAAAUGAGUCUGUCCACGCCCACCCUGGUGGCUCGGUCAUCCAAUCUGAAAAUGCCGGUCGCUUCUUGUGUCUCUGCCAAUGGAAAACCACCUGGUACCAUCAGGUGGGAGACAAGGGUGCCAGGAGAAGCCACCACCAGAGAGUACCGUAACUCAGAUGGGACAUUCACGGUACAGAGUGACUAUAUUCUGGUGCCCAACAAAGAUACACAUCAAGAGACCCUCACCUGUGUCACCACCUACAACGACGAGAUCUUCACUGACAGUGUCACCCUCGAUAUCCAAUAUGAGCCAGAUGUAACGGUGGAGGGGUUUGAUGGAAACUGGUACCUGAACAGAGAGAAUGUCAGGUUGAGCUGCCAGGCUAACGCCAAUCCAGCUGUUUCACUUUAUCAGUGGAGACAGGUAAAUGGUACCAUACCAAGCAAUGUAGAGAUCCAGGACAAUGUCCUGACUUUCAAAGGACCAGUCACCUAUGACCUGGAGGGAACCUAUGUGUGUGAUGCAACCAACAGCAUUGGGACGCGAUCAGCCUCGGUGGAGGUCAGCAUCAUAGAUAAGCCAUUGCCCCAGGUAGCAACAAGUGAUGUCAUCAGUGUGAUUGCCUUACUCUUGGCUGCUGGUGUGCUCAUGGGCAUUACUAUCACAGUUCUUAUUCUCAAAUUAAGAAGUAGAAAAGAUGGAGACUCGAAUGACUCUCCCUCACGGAAACUGUCGCAACCUGUAAGAAAAAGGCCAGGGGAUGAUAUUCAGCAUUCUGGAAAGUUUUACGAGGAGCUUCCUAACACAGCAGACUAUGUGAGCUACAGAUUGGCCUGCAACAAAGAGGACUACCCAGAGCCCUACUCCCCCCCAAUUAACCCCCCUCUGUCAUUCCUUCCCCAUCAUCCAUACCAUUCCUCCCAGUCCACCAAUAACUCCACCAGCACCACCUCUUCCACCCAGGCCACCUCCAAGAAUACCUUUUCCCCGCCCUCGCACAGCACUACUGCCGUCUUUAAAUAUCCUUCAGUACCAGGCUUGUCCUCUCCUCCACCAGGAGUCGCUCCAUAUACAUUUCCCAAAGAGCAGUACGUCUGAAUCAACUGCCAUCACAAACUAAUCCCUCUCCGAUGAUCUCGGAUGAGAUAACCCCACUCCCCCCGAAACCUUUAUCAUGAAAAGGGAUGGACCGAAAACUGGCCCUGGACAACUGAUCACAGGCGGUGUCUACCCAAUGUCCAAUGUCUAUCCAUCCAACGUCCGAUCUCUAUCCACCCGUUCAUCUUGCAGCAGUUGGAAGUGAAAGGACAAUAGGAUGCAGACGAGGGAUAAGCUUAUGUUUGUGGGCCAAGGAUCAAGUCCUGCUUUGAAACAUUUUCUUUCUGUUUUUUCCCCCCUGCUGUUUAUUGUGUGUCUGUUCUUUACAGAAGAAGGUUGUUGGACCAGGUUUUGAAUGCCUGCUUAAGUUAGGUUAGAGUUCACUACAGAUGAAGUUUAAGUCACAGAUGACUUGGCUCUCAGUGGAAAUGAGUUUGGAUCAAUUUAAUGUUACACAGCUCUAUUGUAUUUGUUUGGAAAUGACUUCAUCUGAAUGGAGAUUAUCUCCUGAUGUCUGCUGCAGUUGACCCCACACAUGAUCCUCUACUAUACCCUUUAAAUGAAAAGAAAUUACCCCCUCCUCCAAAAUCCCAUGUUUGCUUUUUUCUUUUUUCUUUUUUUUGUCGAUGAUACACUCCUAAAUACUGAGCUGAUAAAUCCACUGAAGAACAGAAGACCCCAUCUCUUUGUCCUGAUGUAAUGCUGUUUCUGUACUCGUCGUACUUUUGUAUAAUUUGUUUUUCUUUGUAAAGGCAAUUUUUAUUGACUCAUGACUUAUGACUUUAUGUUCAGUUUAUCAUUUUGUUGUUUUUACUUUUGCUCAUCCAUGGGUUUAAGCAUUCAUUGACACUGGUUGUUAAAGAAACCCCACAUUUUUAGGAUGAAUAAAAAUCCAAAC